AUGGCUGGAAGUGUUGCCAACAAUCCGACUGAGAAAGUAGCGAGGAAAAACCACAGUUUAUCUAACAAAUCGGAAAUAAAAUCCAAAGUGAGGGAAGUCCGUAACGCUAAAAAAAAUCGCAAUAGCAAGCAAAAGAGUAAAUCCUCAGCAGAGCAAGCAUCAACUAGGGAAGGGUGGUGGCGAGAGAAUGUCAAAGAUACAUCAAUCCCUGAAAAAUAUCCCAUAAAAGAUUUUAUUCAGGAGGGGCUUCUAAAUCCAGUGAAACGGAACUUUAAAACAAGAGGCAGGGACAGCACUACCGUAUCAGAUUCACAAUCGAGUGAACAGCUAGCAAAACCUGAUCAGAGUACAACGGCCUUAACUGAGGUGGAAAAGAAAUCACCAUCACAAGCUCUCAAAAAGGCUACCAAAAAGAAAAUUGUGCACAAUGUGCCACAGAAGGACACUAUUUCUGCAGCAUCUUACAGUACAAGAACUCCUGUGUUUGAAAAAUCACCACUCAAGCUUAAAGUCGAUUUUCUUUCACACUCUAGCCAGGGGAAUUUUCGGUCUUCUGUGAAGAGAUUUCCAACCAUUUAUUUUGUUCCUAAAGAAGGACCAGCACCAGGGCACUAUAAUGUGAAGUCUCAAACCUUGUCUCAGACCAUGACUUCGUCCUUCCAGUCAAAAGUACCUCGGUUCUUACCUACUCCCAGUAAAACACCAGGACCAGGAACAUAUGAUCCUAUCAGACGGCAACCAAGCUGGGCCAAUGCUACUUCGGUGGUGUGUCGCACUGUCUUGGUGAGGGAUUUGAGGUGAUGAAGAACAUAGAACAUAGAACAUUACAGCGCAGUACAGGC